AUGGAGGGACAUCCAUUCGCAGAACGUGUAUCAGUUAAUGAGUUUCAACUGGUUGCAGAGUUGACAAAGAAACAUGUGGAGCCAAAAGAUAUUCUGGGUAUUGUAAAGGAGCAGAACAAAAAUAAUGUCUCUAAGAUUAAAACCAUAUACAAUGCACGCGACAAAAUCCGAGAGAUGAACCAUAAAGGGCAAACUCCAAUGGAGGUUCUUAUAUCUCAUUUACAUGAUAAUGCGUUAGAUAUAAUAACAGAAGAGAUCAAGCGAGACCCUUUAGAUUGUGGAUGUCAACUUCGUAAAAGUUACGGAUUACCAUGUGCUUGUGAAGCUUUAAUGUAUUCCGUAGCAGGUCAAUGUAUUCCUUUGGAUUCGAUCGACGUAUUUUGGAGGAAACUUGAUAAGAUACCAUUAAAAGACGAGGAAAAUGAAAACAUUACUUGUGACGUCGAAUUGAAAAAGUUUGAACAAGUCUUUAACAACCAGUCCAUGCUUGGAAAGAAAAUUAUGCUACAAAAGCUAAAAUUCAUAACCGAUCCUAAUGAAGAACCUACCGUUAAGAAGAAUACUUGUGGACGGCCAAGCUUGAAAAAACAACAAGAAAAAAAUGAAGCUAAUCAAAGUAAACCUUCAGAUAAAGAACCUACUAUUAAGAAGAAUACUCGUGGACGGCCAAGCUUGAAAAAACAACAAGAAAAAAAUGGAGCUAAUAGACAUAGUUCUCAUGUGAGCAAUUUUGACAUAUUAUUGGAAGAAAUCCCAUCCAUCUUUCAUCAUUACGUCGCAUCUAUACAAGAUGUUGAACCUGAUGGAAAUUGUGGAUUUCGAUCAAUAGCUCUUUGUUUAGGGCUCAGUGAAGAUCAGUGGCCAAAAAUCCGAGCUGAAUUGGUAGAGGAGUUGUCUCAAGAUCAAUACAAGAAAGUGUUUAGUAGAGAUUACAAUGAAAUGUAUCAGUCUAUAUAUUUUGAAGGAAUGAGUUGUGCACCAGGAACAAAAUGGAUGAUUAUGCCUGAUAUUGCUGUCUUGAUUGCAAACCGGUUUGGCGUUGUCGUUCAUUUCUUGAGCAAAAAGGGUUCCAGCACUUGCUUCCCGCUUUGGAAAGGCCAUGAAUACUUUCAAGACCAUCGAGCAGUUACUAUCGCACACGUGCAUGGUAACCAUUUUGUCAUGGUGCGAUUAGAAGGUGAGUACCCAAUGCCGCCUACUAUUGGACUAUGGAAUCAAUAUAAACAUUCGUAUGCAAUUUCAUGGAACUCGAAGUAUAAGUGGCAUCUAGAUUUCUUUACUAGUUCUGUUUCUCGUUCUUCAAAGGUCGUGAUAGAUGAGUAG